AUGGAUUUUUAUUGUCUUAUACAAGUACGGCUCGAGGGUCAUGAUAGUCAUGACAUACCUGUCGAAGUUGAUUAUUCACAAGGAACUUCUGUUCAGGCUGUACUUGAAAAGGCUUGCAAAACGUUAGGCAUUUAUGAUUCUUGGAAUUAUGCUUUAUAUAGUGAACUUUUCAAGACUUGGCUUUGUGAAUCUCAUUUAUUGUCAUCUUAUCCUGAAGAGGAUACAUUGAUAGUACGUAAAAAAACUCCUGAAUAUAUUGAACUUGUAUAUAAUGAAGAAAAUCCCAAAAAGCGUAAAACAUCAUCAUCUACUUUAAGUCCAAGUGCUGCUACUACAACAACAACAAAACGUAGAGGUGUCUUUAGCAGUAAUAAAUCAUGUUUGAAAACUCGUUUUCAAACUGAAACAAUUUACUUAUCGAUAAUCUUGUUCACUAGUGACAAUAAAAUAUUAAUAACUUCUGGAAGUAGAAUGUUUCCUACUGUUGAAGUAAUACGUGACAAUAGAAUUUUUGGAAAAUUUGAGGAUGAUAGUGAAGAAUUUGCUCACGUAAUAAGAACUUCUUUGGAUUGGGCUACUUCCAUAGAUAUUGAUAAGGAUGAUUCUUCAAGUGACGCAGAUUCUCUUCAUUCUUUUCAUUCAAAUUCAAGUACAAGUACGAGUGAUUUUACUCCUGAUUAUAAUCAAUACUUUGGUGAACAAGAUACGUUAUGGUCACGUGUAUUUUCCCAAGCUGCUAUAAAAUUAAAAAAUGAGUUAUCUUUAGAAUCUUUGGGACUAAUAUAUGAACACGUUGUUCAUAUGAAUUCAACAAAGUCUAAAUUUAUUUUGGCCAUUCAACAUGUUUCAAAUGUAAUUAAAGAAGAUGUUGCAUCGGAUCUUAUAAAGUCUGGAAUAUUAAAAUGGAAAAAUUGUAAUGAAUGUAACAAUUUAUAUCAAAAAGAUUCACAUCCUAUUUGGAGUAAUUAUAUUGAAAAAUGGUGUGCAAGACAAACCAAAUUAUCUCCUGGACUUUAUUUAGGUGUUUUAUAUUCAGAAAGUACUUUGCAAGGUAUUAAAAUAUUGGUACCAAAGGAUCGUAAACAAUUUAUUCCUUUGGGAAAAAUCCGAGAUGAAGCCACAAUUAAUUCAGAGGAAGCAAGUUGGAUUAAAUCAUUAACAUGUUUAAGUCAAGAUUGUUUUAUGGAUUUAGUAUUUUCGGCUACUUCAGAUGAAAACAUUGCAAGUUCAGGAAGUUUAGGACAAUUUCGGACAUCAUUUAUAGAAGGUUAUCAUAAAUUACAAAAUGAUACGAAUUUAACAUGGGAAGUUGGAGAUAUUUAUAAUGAACAAACAGUUGAUAUUUAUCUUGAUUUACAAUCUAAUCAAUUAUAUACAAUGAUGAGUGAACUUGAUAAUAAUAAUAUCGUUGAACAAUGUGAAUCUUCUCAUCCUUCUCAUAUGGAUUUAUAUUUAGAUCCUAAUGUAAAACCUGGAGUUAAAAGUAGUGUAUUUAAUAAACGUAGUAGUAAAUUAUCUCAACAACUUGAUUUUUUUGAAGAUGGAGAGAAAGUAAAGUCAAUGAACUCUAAUUCAGAUAAUGAACUGAAUAAACCUUUGGAAUUGUUACGAUUAGAUGAUGCAUCACAAGAAUCACAAGAAUCACAACUAUCUCAGCAAUCACAACAAUCACAAAUAAACAUUUCUAUCACUUCAGAACAACAAGAAAAUCAAGAAAAUCAAGAUAAUGGAUUAACAAUUGAAGUUGAGAAUAAAAGUGCUGCGACUUCCGUUGCAGAGGAAAUUGAAUCUAACUUAGAAUCAUCACCAUCAGUAACAAUUUUCAAUAACAAUAAUAUGAAUUCAAUUAGACCUUUUAUUCGGAUUAUUUUAAUAGUUAAACCUAUGCGACAACCACAUCAAAUUCGAGAACAAUAUACGUCCAAAUUGUGUACGUUAUAUCCGUUCCCAUUAUAUGAUGCGCUUCAACAUGCCACAUUUAACACUUCAUUAUAUUCAUGUUCUCGUCGUUCAAUGCAAAUUCUACAAGCUAGUCGAACUUAUUUUACUCAUGAAUUAGUUAGACAUUUACAAAAAGUUGAUAAUUUCGCAGAAGUCAAUGAAAAUAAUAUAGAAGAUUACUUUUUUGAUCCAGAUGAAUUAUUGAAAGUUCCAGAUGAAGCGAGAAGAAUGAAACAAGCACUUGAUGUAAUUCGAAAUGAAAUUGUUGCAUUAAGACAACAAUGGAAUGCAGCAUCAUGGACGAUGACGGCUAUAGAAUGGGAUCGUCAGAGAACAAUGCAAGCUUAUCGUUUUGGUGGGAGACCAAUGACUUUAAAUGUUUCAUCAAAAAAUCAGAAUCAAAGUCGCGCAGCAUCAAUUUAUAAUUUUCAUCUUUCUGAUGACAAUUCUGAUUCCAAGAGUACUAGAUCUAAUAAUUCUAAAUACGAUACUACAUCACAAAUGGAAAUUUUACGUGAUUUUAUGUUUCAUGCACCUGAUCGAGCAUGGAAUCAUAUUCGUUUUAUGGGAAUUUCUCUUCCUAUUUCAAACAAUAAUUCAUAUAAACCACCACCACCAAUUUUAAUAUCAUAUUUAUCAUCAUUAUCUUCUGUUCCGAUUAAGGAACCCAGUCAUAGAUUAAUGAGAACAUUUGGAUUCGGUAAACAAAGUUUCGAACCAUAUGAAGUAAACAAUAAUUUACAUGUGACUAAUAAAGAGAAUAAGAGAAAAUCGUUGAAUAAACUAAUUUCAAUAGGAAUCAAAGAAAAUAAUAAAGAGGGCACAGAAGAAUUUGAGGAUUUAAUUGUUAUAAAUGUUGAUGAACCCAAACAAGCUGAGCGUACUGAACAAACUGAACAUACCGAACAAUUAGUGAAUGCAAAUUUAGAAAUUAAUAUGAACCAGGAAGAUAUUCGAAAUGAUAAUCAGAAUGAAGAGAAUAAUAAAGAAAUAAAUGAACAUAAUAACAAUUUAAAUAUUAAUGACUUAAAUAGUAAUAAUUAUUUAAAUAAAAAUAAUAAUAAUUUAAGUAUUAAUAUAAAAGAGGAUAAAUUACAAUCCAAAUUAUCUGAAAAUGAAACACAACAAGAAAUCAAUGUAAUCAAUAUUCAAAAUGAAGAUGAUGAUAAUAUACCUUUGGGAAUUAAGAGAAUGGAAUUCAAUAAAACCAAUAAAACUGUAGAUGAAAGAAUUGUUAUCAAUAGUCAAGAAGAGUUAAUUAUGGAUAAAGUUAUAAUAGAUACAACUUUUAAUGUUAAUAGUAAUUCUUCUAAACAGGUUAACCAAUUUGAAGUACAAAAUAAAUUUGCAACAUCAACAAUUAAUUCCUUAUCAACUUCUACUUCUUCUAUUAACACAAACAUCACCACCACCACUAAUACAAAUAAUACCACAUCUUCUAUGGAGAUUCCAUUAUCAACACCCCGACCACGUCUUCCAUCAUCUCCAAUAAUUGAUUCUAGUCGUACACAAUCUUCACGUUCAAGUAUAGCAUCACCAACUUCACCAUAUUUCUCUUCUUCUCAUUUUCUACGUUCAAUACCUCCAACUCCAACCACUCCAUAUUUUCCAGCUCUCACUUCACAUUCAUCUGAGGAUUCUAAUCCUCAUUCGCCUGAAUUUCCACCCGAAUUUCCUUCUGAAUUUCCAUCCGAGUUUCCAUCAUCCGGAUUUCCAUCUGAAUCAACGUCAUAUAUAAUAUCUGAACCAAAUACACCUCAUAUUAUUUCUCAACCUUUAUUAGAGUUAGGACCUGAAAGUCCAUAUAAUUUAUCAUCACCUUAUUCAAAUUCACAUUCCCAUACUCAUAAUAUGUAUAUAUCUCCUGAAACGACUUUACCAUCUACUCCAUCAACUCCGCAAUUUCCACCAUCAAUUCAAGGUUCAAGAUCAACUACACCCCAAUUAACAGGAUCAACUUUAUUUGAUGAAUUAAAACAAGCCACAUCACAACUCCCUUCAAGUAUAAAUUCUUCAUUUAAUUUACCUAAUUCAUUCGAUUCACUUUAUUCACCUUACUCACCUGAAUCAUAUGAUAACACCCGAAAAUCCUCUACACCUCAAACACCUCAAUAUUCUCCACCAAUUUCACCUUCCUCUUUACCACCUCUUCCUCCUUCAUUACCAUCAACUCCAAUUUCAAAUUAUACAAUAAUUUCUACUUCACCAACACCAACACCAAUACUAGCAUCAAAUUCAUCAAUGUCCAAUUUAUCUUUUCAAAAUUCAUUAAUAUUAAAUUCUUCAUUUCCAAAUUCUUCGUUUCCAAACUCCUCAAUUCCAAACUUUUCAUUUCCAAAUUCUUCAUUGCAAACAUCAAAAUCACCAACAGAUUCUAAUAUUCCUUCAUUAAUACCAAGACCUCCAAUUAUAAGAUCAACAUCACCUCUUAUUAGACCACCACCAUUACCACUUCCACCAACUUGGCCAACUCUUAAAAAAACUAGGAAACCUGAAACAGAAAAAAAAGAAGACCAUUCGGAAACGGAUAAAUUAUCAAUUGAUAGAUUAUUUUAUCAUAGGCAAUCAAAUUCCAGGAAUGGAUACGUUGGCGGAGAAAAUAUUAAUGGAGAUGAAUUAAAUGAUUCAUUAAAUAAUUUGAAAUCAAAUGUUGAUAAAUUUAAGAGUAAUAUCAACACAAUGAGGAAUAAAGGAAAUAGAGGAAAUAGAGGAAAUUAUAAAGUAGUAGAAAUGAAUAAUGAUAAUAACAACAAUAACAAUAAAAAUAAUAACACUAAUAAUAAUAAUAACAAUAAUCUAAAGAUAGAUGGAGAAUUAAUAAAUAAUAUUGAAACAAAUAAUUCUUGCGGAUUUAAAUUGUGA